UAUGAACUCAUUCAUGGCUGUAAUGUAUGGCCUGACAAACAGUGCAGUGUCCAGACUGCACAACACCUGGAAGAAAGUGCCAAAACUACAGCUGAAGCAGUUCAGGAAAUAUGAGCUCAUACUGGAUCCAUUCAGAAACCAUGACGCAUUGAGGAAAGUGGUGGCUAAACUGGACCCGCCAUAUAUCCCGUACCUGCCCCUCAUUUUAAAAGACCUAACAUUCAUAAAUGAAGGGAACAAAACAAGACAAGACAAUCUUGUCAACUUUGAGAAAAUGAAAUUAUUUGCCAAAACCUUAAAGGUUGUGAAAGACUGCCGGAAUCAGCCCUACUUACCCAUUUCACCAGAAACUGGCCGUUCAAAGAAAGGCACUGGCCUUCUCAAUAUACAGAAGCCCUCAUGUCCUGAGCAGUUCAACAGCAGAAAACUGCACGUAAUCAGUGACCAGCGGAAGCUGACCCAGCUCUCCAGGGCCAUUGAGCCGUGAGGGCUAUUAUAAAGAUAAAGUUUAAUACAUCAAAA